UUCUAAACUCCAUCGCCAAUUAGGAAAGACUUCCAGCCAGCCCAUGUCCGAAGCGGUGUGAGCCGUGCAGUUUUGCGGGGCACGAAAAGCAUCUUUCAGUCCGUACUGCCUCUACAAUUGCUCUUCCGCCUCAGGGAUACAGCAAUUAAAGCUCCUGUAUCCCCCUCUUCACCAUGACCGACUCAACAAUGACAGAAGAAGACUCUACGCCUCAAGCCGUCCUCGUCGUAGGCGGCGGCCAAGGCAUCGGCCUCGAAACGACCAAAUCCAUCCUCUCCCUCUCCUGCACAGCUAAAGUAGUAGCCUUCGGGCUGCACUUCGACUCCUCGGUCGACUUCCUCAGAGAGCACUACCCCGACCGGUUAUGGACUGUGCAAGGGGACGUUCGGGUGGCAGGAGAGAGGAAGACAGCGCUGAGGGUGUGUGAGAAGGAAAUGAAAGCUAUAGAUACGCUGGUGUAUACCGCGGGGGUAAUCACACCGAUUGAGCGGAUAGAGAAUCUGAAGAUGGAGGAUGUGAAGGCGGCGUUUGACGUUAAUGUGUUCGGGUGCAUGGCUAUGUGCCAACUCUGCCUGCCCGCCCUGCGCCGCUCGCGCGUCGCAAACUUCACAAACGCCGCCUACGGCAAAGUCCUCAUACUCAGCUCCGCCUGCGACGCGGACAUCAACUACCACGGCUGGAUGCCGUACUGCACGACCAAAGCGGCACUGACGCGCUUCAUCCAGAUGCUAGCACACGAGGAGCCGCUGCUGACGGUGCAAGGCGUGUAUCCGAAGCUGACGCGCACCAAGAUGCCCGAGGACGUGAUAGCGGGGAAGUACAGGGGUGUUAUGGCGGACCAUGAGAUUGAGCGGUUUCGGGUGUGGAAUGAGAUUGGCGAUGAGAUGGUGGAGCCGGCGGUUUGGUGUGGAGAGGCGGUGGGGAAGUUGGCUGUGGGGUUGUAUCAGGGUGGGAGGAGUGGGGAGACGUUGUAUUAUGACGAGCAUGUGCCUAAGAAGAUUGUGGGGACGUGAGGGCGUGGAAGAGAAGAGACGUUGGCGAGUGGAGUUGGAGGAGGAAGAUGGUCAAUUUGUGGAUGACUUCAUUGUGGGAGGGCGAGUACGAGAUUAGUGCUGCUGAAGACACUGCACACGCGUUUUAGAAUAAUAGAGGUACAGGUGGUGGAUUGAAAGCCGUUAUCAAAGUGAGUGUUGC